UUUAUUUAAUCCAAUUUAACUUUAAUUUUGGUAUAUAUACUUUGGGUCGGCAGGUGGCCCACAUCGGAGGCCCAAGAUAGCUAUCUCGUUUGAAUUGGUUAGCACACGAUUACUUUAGUGCCCGACAAAUUCGGGUAAAGUUUCAAAUGGCAAUAAAAGAAGCCAAGAAGGUGGUGCCAUUGCCAUCUCCACCAUUCGUAGUGCCAACGCGGGAAAUUGGACAACGGCGAUGUCUGUAUCAAUGGCGAUGCUUCCUCUCAAGAGCUUGUUUCCAUAACUCCUUUACAUCUUCACGUCUCACUACAAGCAUCCAUCAUCAUGACAAGUGUUAUUCUCCGGGAAAGAAGUCAAGAAUCUUCAAAUCUUCAUACUCAUGACACAUUCAAGGAGGAAGACGAUGAAUUUGCUGCUACUUUAAGGAAAGCAGAAUCACUCGAUUAUAACAACUGCAUGUGGUUAUCUUCAGGUGAUGCAUCAUCAUCAUCACCAUCAUCUUGUUUUCAUGAUAACAGUUUAUCUUGUUACACAGACGUUAAAAUAGACGCCUGGUUUAUCUCUUUAUUAUCAACAAAAUCCCGUGAUAUAUUAAGCACAAAAGCUACAUUCUUCGAUGGAUCCAUAGCAAAUCCUAUAGAAGAAGCAUCUUUAGUUCUUGAUGAAAGAAAAGAAUUCGAGUUUUUUCAUGAGAAUUUAGAAGAAAAAGAAGUGGUUUCAUGGCUAGCAAAUGAUGAAUCCUCUAGUGUUUCUUCAAUUACUGAUACCACUGAUCAUGAUCUAUCGUUUUCUUCAUGUUCAAGCUCUGAAUACUCUUCAGAAGUUGUGGAUAUGGAAGAAAUUGGUACAAAUAAACCACUUUUUUGGCCUUCUGAUUGGACAUCUGAUUGGGAUUCAGAAACCAAAUGUGAUUUAUUUAUCAUGUCACCUCGUAAGAACAUGUAUAAGUUGGAUUCAGAAAAAGGCUGCAAUAGAAGGCUUUUAUUUGACACACACCAAAAAUCCUCCACUAAUUUUGAUCUAAAAAACAAAAUGAAAAACAAGCCUUCAAGAUUUAAAAAACCCACAAAAACUAGUACUAAAAUUGUACCUCUUGAUGAUGAGAUUGAUUUUGGAAGGCUAACAGAAGCUAAAGCUGUCAAUGAAAGUGGGCCCAUGGACACAAAGACUAAAACUAAAACACCGGUUCUUAAUGAGGAUUUGAGACUCCAAGUUCUUAAUGGAAAAAAGGAUUUAGACAAAGGUUGUAGUAGAAAGCUUGAGUUUAGCAUAGGUGAUGAGGAUGAUGAUACAUCAGAGGUAGUAGAAGUCAAACCGUUGACCAUGAAAUCUGUAAGGAAGCAUAGAAUAGUAUUGGAAGAUCUUUUGUUAGUGGAUAAGUUAAAUGUAGAGGGUGCUAUUGAAGAAGCAUUGGGGCUUGAUGAAUUUGAUGGGCUUGAGGGUCUAGGAUCUGAAUUCAACAAAGAUGGGUUUUGGCUCAUUGAGAAUUUUUAAUUGUUUUUUUUUCAUGGACAAAUUGUAAUUGUAGCUAGCUAUGUAUAUUCGUGAGUACUACGACUACAAAUUGUCUCGCUAAAAUGUGUUUAUUUAGUUUCUAAAGAUCUUUAUAUCA